AUGUCGGAUUUUGCAUCAGCACUACUUAGCUCGUUUCCCGUAUCGCUCCUCGUAUCGGGGCUGCUCGCCAUGGGCCUUCUCUCAUGGGUGCGCCCGAGCGGCCGGAUCUCGUUCUUUUACGCUAAGGACAAUAAGCUCGUGUUAACCAAGAAGUCUAGCAAGCCUGGCGCACUCGAGCAGACUUCCCUGAUUGAUAUCUGCCGCGAUGCGACACCAGACACCUGUCAUCUCAAUCCUCUUCUGUUCAACGGCCAUCUGCAGACUAUGUACACGGUGUUGAAACAUGACAAUGUCCCCGUUUACUAUAAGCGGAAGAUUUUUGAGGCAGAUAGCCCGAUGUUCAGUGGAACUUAUGCCAUCGAUUUUGCUGUCCAGCCGUACAAUAUGCCUCCAGAGGGAGAGCUUACCGACCAGGCGAGGAAAUACACUCAGCCGUCCGGCCUGCCACCGCGCACAUCUCUCUACUCCGAAGAGGAAUUAUCAAGCAUUUCCUCUGAUGAUACGAAACCCAUGCUUGUGGUGCUCCAUGGUCUAAGUGGCGGAUCCCACGAAGUGUACCUGCGCCAUAUCCUUUCUCCGCUCGUGGCAGACGGCGCGUGGGAGGCAUGCGUCGUCACCUCGCGGGGAUGCGCACAGACUAAGAUCAGCACCGGAGUACUUUACAAUGCACGAGCAACAUGGGACGUGCGUCAGUCAGUGAAAUGGCUCAGGAAAACAUUCCCUAAUCGACCUCUUUUCGGCAUUGGAUUCUCGCUUGGUGCUAAUAUCCUCGCUAAUUAUCUUGGGGAGGAGGGCGAUGACUGCCAACUGAAGGCCGCUGUGCUGUGCGCUAGCCCUUGGAACUUAGAUGUCAGCUCUGUCCACUUGCAGAGCUCUUGGAUCGGAAAGGAAGUGUACAGCAAGACGAUGGGCUCUAGCAUGAAGAGGCUCUUUGAAGCACACGUUGAUGAAGUCUCUAAGAACCCGCGCAUCGAUGUCGAGGCCAUUCGGGCUAUCACCUACCUGCAUGAGUUUGACCGGGAACUGCAAUGUCCCACAUGGGGCUAUCCAACUGAAGGUGCCUACUACCGUGACGCUGCCUCUACCGACGCAAUGCUUUCAAUCCGCAUUCCCUUCUUUACUAUCCAGGCUGAAGAUGACCCUAUUGCUUCGCGCGACGCACUGCCAUUCCACGAAAUGACCCAGACUCCUUAUGGUGUCAUGCUGACUACUUCAUGGGGCGGCCAUCUGGGCUGGUUCGAGCUCGGUGGUUCGCGGUGGUUUGUCAAGCCAGUGACAAAUUUCCUGAACAAAAUGGCCCAUGAAAUUGACACCCAGAUCCCCGGCGUAGUUGAGCACCUGGAGAGGCUGCCUGGGCGGAUCGCCAGCCAUGCUGGGCUUGGCAAAGAUGCUGACAUGGCGCCAAAGCCUGAAUUUCACCCUGUGAACCGCAAGCUGGAUAUGAAGCUGCCCAAAUAA